AGCAAACUUGAUGAUUACCAGGAACGAAUGAACAAGGGAGAACGUCUGAAUCAAGAUCAACUGGAUGCGGUGUCAAAAUACCAGGAAGUGACAAAUAAUCUGGAAUUCGCUAAAGAGCUGCAGAGGAGUUUUAUGGCUCUGAGCCAAGAUAUCCAGAAGACAAUAAAGAAGACAGCUCGCCGGGAGCAGCUGAUGCGAGAGGAGGCCGAGCAGAAGCGCCUGAAGACUGUGCUGGAGCUGCAGUUCAUUCUGGACAAGCUGGGCGACGACGAGGUGCGCAGCGACCUGAAGCAGGGCUCCAGUGGGGUGCCAGUGCUGACAGAGGAGGAGCUGACCAUGCUGGACGAGUUCUAUAAGCUGGUUUACCCUGAACGAGACAUGAGCAUGAGGUUGAAUGAGCAGUAUGAGCAAGCAUCUGUUCACCUGUGGGACUUACUGGAAGGCAAGGAAAAGCCAGUUUGUGGAACAACCUAUAAAGCACUGAAGGAGAUUGUGGAACGUAUUCUUCAAACUAGUUACUUUGAUAGCACCCAUAACCAUCAGAACGGGUUAUGUGAGGAGGAGGAGGCAGCGCCUGCGCCUGCAGUAGAAGACACUGUAGCAGAAGCUGAACCUGAUGCAGCAGAAGAAUUCACUGAGCCAACUGAAGUUGAAUCAACUGAGUAUGUAAACAGACAAUUCAUGGCAGAGACUCAGUUCAGCAGUAGUGAGAAGGAACAGGUAGAUGAGUGGACAGUUGAAACGGUUGAGGUUGUAAAUUCCCUGCAGCAACAGACCCAGGCUACAUCUCCUCCCGUUCCUGAACCCCACACGCUCACUACUGUGGCUCCAGCAGAUCCUCUGGUGAGAAGACAGCGAGUACAGGACCUCAUGGCGCAGAUGCAGGGCCCCUAUAACUUCAUGCAGGACUCUAUGCUGGAGUUUGAGAACCAAACGCUCGAUCCUGCCAUUGUAUCUGCACAGCCCAUGAAUCCAGCACAGAAUUUGGACAUGCCACAAAUGGUUUGCCCUCCAGUUCAUGCUGAGUCAAGACUUGCCCAGCCCAGUCAAGUUCCUGUGCAACCAGAAGCUACCCAGGUAAAAUGUUUA